UCGUAAAACUCCCCUCCUUCCAAAACGCAAACCCUCGUCAGGGGAGGAGUUUUGCAGAAUUGCAGUAGAGCCCUAGAGCGACACCACCACUGCAACUGAAGGAGAACUUCCAGGCCCUGGCCAGCAAACUCUUAUUCUGCAAUUCCCAAGGUCAAAAUAUGCUACAAAGGCAAACUCGAAAUAUCACAGACCAUCAUGAGAUAAUUCUGCAGAACUUCUUGAAUCUUAUGGAUAAAAAUACUGUUAAGCACCCCACUGCCUCAUUCUCAACUAGUUCGGCUGAUGCAAUCAAUUACUUAGAGUUGUCAAAGAAGCUUAGGAAAACAGAAAGAAAGCCACUGGUGACAAGUGUCACUGAGCUUAAGCGUAAAGCGAGAAUGGAAAGGAAGAUUAGGCAGCGGGUGCAUGAGAUUACUCUACAAGCCCCUGAAAACGGUAUGUUAGUUAAGAGUUUAGUACCAGUUGCUCACAAAGUCUAUGCCGCCAGAACCGUGCUUUUCAAUUGUGUUUCAAGACUUGUCAACAACAUUCCUAUUUAUACAUGCAGCUUGUGUGGAGAAGUUUAUGUUGGGUGUGUGACACAUAAGAUUAGAUCCUGCAAUGUUGCUGGGAGCCCAUCCAGCAAAGAGUAUAGCUGGGAAAGAGGAGGUGUGAAACACAUUUUGCCCACUGUUGAAUGUUUCCAUCUAUACGACAGGGUGGGAAGAGCUGUGUCACAUGGAGAGCGGUUCCAAGUUGAUCGGAUUCCAGCUGUGGUAGAACUGUGUAUGCAGGCAGGCGUGGACAUCCCAGAGUACCUAACAAGAAGGCGGGCUUUCCCUGUUUAUAAUGUUGCUGGAAGGAUGAUAGAUUUUGAGCGGAGGUUCCCAAAGGAUGUUUCGGCCGGUGAAGACAUCAAAGCAUUUGGGUUUUGGGAGAAGAAAGAGAAGCCAGGCAGGAAUAAGAAGUCUUUGGACUUUCCAGAUGAUCUACAAGGAUUAGCUGCACGAGGCAUGGAAGCAUGGGAGAAUAUUCAGUCAGAAGCCUUAAAACUCAUGCAGAAAUAUGCUGUACAAACAUGUGGCUAUUGUCCUGAGGUCCAAGUGGGGCCCAAGGGACACAGGGUGAGGCAGUGUCAAGCAUAUAAGCACCAGAUGAGGGAUGGGCAGCAUGCAUGGCAGGAGGCAACAAUUGAUGAUUUGGUUCCUCCAGUAUAUGUGUGGCAUGUUCAACAAGAACAGAAUGGUAUGCCACUCGUGGAUGGCUUGAAGAGGUAUUACGGAAAGUUGCCUGCCGCAGUGGAGUUGUUUUCACAGGCUGGAGCACAUGUGGGAGAAGCUUACGCAUCAGUGAUGAGGGAAGAUGUUGUGGUUCCUGGAUUAGAUGAAGAGAAGUGGGUUGUGUGAACCCUAUUAUUGCUAGAUCAGGUGCAUUGGUUGAAAAGGAUAAUGAACAUGAUAAUACCGUGCGAGAAGGUUGUGAUUCUAGCUGUGCAUGUUUGAAGAAGGAAUAGAUGCACUUUAUGGUUACAUGAGCUGAGAUUGAUUACAUU